GCGUUAAUUGUCAAUCGUCAAUCACUAAGGACGUAUUGGUUUUAUAAAAUGCUCUAUCGACUUUCUAUAACUUAAUUUUCUUAAAUGAAAAGUCUGUGACUAUUUUUAAGUAACAUCGCAAUAACCGUUGUUAAGAUAUAAUUAUAUUUCAGCUAUGUCAAACACAGAGGAAGCAAUGGAAGCCACGGAAGUAGGAGAGAAUUCAAAUGGAUCUUCUAGUGAUACAACUUCAUCAAGGGGAAAAGAAGGAGAUUUUGAAAGCAAAAUUGAAACUGAUCGUUCCAAAAGAUUUGAGUUUUUGCUUAAACAAACCGAAAUUUUUUCACAUUUUAUGAGUAACACGCCAAAGUCUGGAAGUAGCCCACCGAAAGCUAAAGCUGGGAGACCUAAAAAGAUCAAAGAUCCUGAAUUACCUGGAUCAGCCGGCGAUCAUCGUCAUCGGAAAACAGAGCAAGAAGAGGAUGAAGAACUCUUGGCUGAAACGAAUACAAAAACUAAAACAAUUUUCCGAUUUGAAGCUUCACCCCCUUACAUUAAGAAUGGGGAAAUGCGUGACUAUCAAGUCCGUGGUCUAAACUGGAUGAUAUCAUUAUAUGAGAAUGGUAUUAAUGGAAUUUUAGCCGAUGAGAUGGGCCUUGGAAAAACUUUACAAACAAUAUCACUGUUGGGUUACAUGAAACACUUUAGAAAUGUUCCUGGACCACACAUUGUUAUUGUCCCAAAAUCAACAUUAACAAAUUGGAUGAAUGAGUUCAAGAAAUGGUGCCCGUCACUUAGAGCUGUGUGCUUGAUUGGUGACCAAGAGACAAGGAAUACGUUUAUUCGUGAAACGCUUAUGCCUGGUAAUUGGGAUGUAUGUAUUACAUCUUAUGAAAUGAUCAUCAGGGAGAAAUCCGUUUUCAAAAAGUUCAACUGGCGUUAUAUGGUUAUUGAUGAAGCUCAUCGCAUUAAGAACGAGAAAUCGAAACUAUCAGAGCUCCUUCGUGAAUUUAAAAGUAUGAAUAGAUUGCUCCUGACUGGAACACCAUUGCAAAAUAAUCUCCAUGAAUUGUGGGCGCUACUUAAUUUCCUUUUACCUGAUGUAUUCAAUAGCUCUGAUGAUUUUGACUCUUGGUUCAAUACGAAUGCGGCACUGGGUGACAAUCAGCUUGUUUCUCGUUUACAUGCUGUUCUAAGACCAUUCUUACUGAGACGUCUCAAGUCGGAAGUAGAAAAGAAAUUGAAACCCAAGAAGGAAGUUAAAGUUUAUGUUGGCUUAAGUAAAAUGCAAAGAGAUUGGUAUACUAAGGUAUUGAUGAAGGAUAUUGAUGUUGUGAAUGGGGCUGGUAAAGUGGAAAAGAUGCGAUUGCAAAACAUUCUCAUGCAGUUGCGUAAAUGUUGUAACCACCCAUAUCUGUUUGAUGGAGCUGAGCCCGGGCCACCGUAUACCACUGAUGAGCAUCUUGUGUACAACUGCGGUAAACUUGUAAUACUCGACAAACUAUUGCCAAAGCUUCGUGAGCAAGGAUCCAGAGUGCUCAUAUUCUCACAGAUGACAAGAAUGCUUGAUAUUUUAGAGGAUUAUUGCCACUGGAGACAAUAUAAGUACUGUCGUCUAGAUGGUCAAACUCCCCAUGAAGAUAGGAACAGACAAAUAGAAGAGUACAAUGCGGAGGGCAGUGAGAAGUUUGUCUUCAUGUUGUCGACUCGCGCCGGUGGCUUGGGUAUCAACUUGACGUCCGCCGAUGUUGUCAUCAUAUACGACUCAGAUUGGAAUCCACAGAUGGAUCUGCAGGCUAUGGACAGAGCACAUAGAAUUGGACAGAUGAAGCAGGUGCGAGUCUUCCGUCUGAUCACAGAUAAUACUGUGGAAGAGAAAAUCGUAGAGAGAGCUGAAGUGAAACUGCGUUUGGACAAGUUGGUGAUACAAUCUGGCCGACUGGUUGAUACAAAGAACCAGCUCAAUAAAGAUGAAAUGCUUAACAUGAUCAGACAUGGAGCCAAUCAUGUGUUCUCUUCUAAAGACUCUGAGAUUACUGAUGAAGAUAUCGACACUAUAUUGGCUAAAGGAGAAAGCAAGACUGAAGAAUUGAAACAGAAACUGGAAAGUCUGGGCGAGUCGUCUCUGCGGGCGUUCUCCAUGGAUACACCGGGAGCCACCACUGAUUCUGUUUAUCAGUUUGAAGGCGAGGACUACAGGGAAAAGCAGAAAAUAAUCCCUGUGGGUAGCUGGAUAGAGCCCCCGAAGAGAGAACGUAAGGCCAACUAUGCGGUGGACGCGUACUUCCGCGAGGCUCUGCGCGUGUCCGAGCCCAAGGCGCCCAAGGCCCCGCGACCGCCGAAGCAGCCGAUAGUUCAAGACUUCCAAUUCUUUCCGCCGAGACUUUUUGAACUUUUGGAUCAGGAAAUUUAUCACUAUAGAAAAACUUUAGGGUACAAGGUGCCUCGGAAUCCUGAGCUCGGGCCGGAUGCUGCUAAAAUUCAGAGAGAAGAGCAACGUAAGAUCGACGAAGCCGAGGCAUUAACUGAAGAGGAAAUACAAGAAAAAGAACAACUAUUAACUCAAGGCUUUACAAAUUGGACUAAAAGAGACUUUAAUCAGUUUAUUAAAGCGAAUGAAAAGUAUGGCAGAGAUGAUAUUGAAAACAUUGCGAAAGAUGUCGAAGGGAAGACACCAGAAGAGGUUAUGGAGUAUUCAGCAGUAUUCUGGGAGAGAUGCCAUGAGCUUCAAGAUAUUGACAGAAUCAUGGGACAAAUAGAGAGAGGAGAAGCGAAGAUACAAAGAAGAGCCUCUAUUAAGAAAGCAUUGGAUGCGAAAAUGGCGCGUUACAGAGCGCCUUUCCAUCAGCUAAGAAUCUCAUACGGCACCAACAAGGGGAAAAACUACGUCGAGGAAGAAGACAGAUUCCUGGUGUGCAUGCUGCACAAGCUAGGCUUCGACAAGGAGAACGUGUACGAGGAGUUGCGCGCGGCCGUGCACGCAGCGCCACAGUUCCGCUUCGACUGGUUCCUCAAGUCUCGCACUGCUGUCGAGCUGCAGCGCAGGUGCAACACUCUCAUUACUUUAAUCGAAAGAGAAAACCAGGAGUUGGAAGAAAAAGAGAGAGCAGAGAAGAAGAAGAAGACAGGCGCUACGAAUCAGAAUACUCCCGGCGGCAAUACGACCGGAAAAGGUGCGAACGCCAGCAAGCGUAAAGCUGAGAGCACACCCGAUGCGAGCCAGAAGAAUAAGAAAAAGAAAAAGUAAAACCAAACAAGUUUAAACAAACGUGUCGACAAUGCCGCGUGACCGUCAACAAUUCUUAGAACUAGUUUACUGUACAAGUAUAUUUAUUAACUUACCUCGGUUUUUAUACCUUUUUAGAGAUAACUUAAGUAUUUGAUUCAUUUCAUAUUGCCAGUACUCAUUCCAUUCUCUUAAAAAUGUUUAUUUUAAUACAUAGUUUUUAGAACUCUACUCUCUAAUACCUUUUUUUGCUCAGUUUGUAAACGCUACUCCGCCCGUCAGAUGUAUGCUUUUAGUUCCGAGUUGAGAAAUUCUUAAAAUAAAUGAUGAUAC